UACGCUUUUGUCUACAACAUAACUAUAUUAAUUAAAUGUUUUGGAAGAAUUUAUGGUGGUAGUUGUCAUGCGACUUCGUUUCGUUUCUGUCUAAAUAAGUCAACUGCAUCAAAAUAAACAGAAUUGACAAGACCCAGUGUGUCAGGAUAAGAAAAAGAAUUAAGUUAUAAAUAAAUAUAAUGAUGGAAAGCGAUUGUAAAAUGCAUGUUAAAGAAGAGAAAAUUGAUCCCAAUGGGAUUGUUCAUCAAUGUAGACUGUGUUAUGAAGAAUUUGAAUGGGAAAGGGAUUUAGAGGAACAUUGUAAAACUCAUGUUAUGGAAGGAAAAACAGAUGAUGUUGAAAGAGUUCAUCGUGAAGAAUUUAAAUGGGAAAGUGAUUUAGUGGAACAUUGUAAAAAUCAAGUUAGUGAUUCAGAGGAACAUUGUAAAAUUCAAGUUGGUGAUUCAGAGGAACAUUGUAAAAUUCAAGUUGGUGAUUCAGAGGAAUAUUGUAAAAUUCAAGUUGGUGAUUCAGAGGAACAUUCAAAAAUUCAAGUUAUAGAAGAGAAAUCAGAUGAUAAUGAUGAUGUUGAAACACUUCAUUGUGAAGAAUUUAAAUGGAGAAUUAAUUUAGAGGAACAUUGUGAAAUUAAUGUUAAAGAAGAGAAAAUGGAUGAUGAUGAUGAUGAAGAGGUGAAAAAUACAAGUAGCCUAGUUUGCAGUAAAGUUGGGGAGAAGAACCUUGAGUUUAGUGAACAAAAGUCCAGAAAUGUUAAAAUUUCUAAAAAAUCAUAUAAAUGUGAUGUUUGUGAUAAAUCAUGUAAAUCAAAUGCUCAUCUAAAAGAACAUCUAAGAAUUCAUACCGGUGAGAGACCUUAUGAAUGUGAUGCUUGUGGUAGAUUAUUUAAAAGAAGUGGUCAUCUAAAAGACCAUAUCAGAAUUCACACCGGUGUGAAACCUUAUGAAUGUGAUGUUUGUACUAAAUCAUAUAAAUGUAAAGACUCGCUAUUAAAACACUUGAAAAUACAUAGCGGAAAGAAGCCAUAUAAAUGUGAUGUUUGUCGAAAAUUAUUUAGCGCACAUAAUAAUUUUAUGGAACACAUGAAAAUUCAUUCCAGAAAGACAAAAUUGUCACUUCGAGCAUCUGGCACCAAUUUAGAGAAAAAUUGUGAAAUUGAUAUUGAAGAAGAGAAAACAGAUGAUGAUGAUGAAGAGAAGGUGGAAAAUACAAGUAGCCAAGUUUGCAGUACAGAUGCGAAGAAGGACUUUGAUGAGUUUAGUGAACCACAGACAAAAAAUGUUCAAAUUUAUAUACAAAAGUAUAAAUGCGAUGUUUGUAAUAAAUCAUUUAGAAGAAGUGAUCAACUUAAAGAACAUAUUCGAGAUCAUACCGGUGAGAGACCUUAUGAAUGUGAUGUUUGUGGUAAAUUAUUUAAAAGAAGUGGUCAUCUAAAAGACCAUAUCAGAAUUCACACCGGUGAGAAACCGUAUGAAUGUGAUGUUUGUAGUAAAGCAUAUAAACAUAAAGAAAGUCUAUUAAAACAUCUGGAAAUGCAUAGCGGAGAGAAGCCAUAUAAAUGUGAUGUUUGUCGAAAAUUAUUUAGCGUGUAUAAUAAUUUUAACGAACACAUGAAAAUUCAUAUCAGAGGCACAAAAUUGGCAGAUGCUCAAAGCACCGAUUUUGAGGAACAUGGUCAAAUUCAUGUUGAGAAUGAACAAACUGUUGAUAUAGAAGAGACAAUGGAAAAUACACGUAGUCCCAUUUACAGUACAGUUAGCGAGAAACGUUUUGACAAGUUGAGUAAACCAAAGCGAAAAAAUGUUAACAUUUCUAAAAAAUCGCAUCAAUGUGAUGUUUGUGAUAAAUUAUUUAAUUCAAAUGCUCAUCUAAUAGAACACCUUAGAGUUCAUACUGGGGAGAGACCAUUUAAAUGCAAUAUUUGCAAUAAUUCAUUCAAAAGAAAUAGUUGUCUGAAAGAUCAUAUCAGAAUUCAUACUGGUGAGAUACCUUAUGAAUGUGAUGUUUGUAGUAAAGCAUAUAAAUGCAAAGAAAGUCUAUUAAAACACUUCAAUACACAUAGCGGAGAGAAGCCAUAUAAGUGUGAUGUUUGUCGAAAAUUAUUUGGUGUACAUAAUAAUUUUAAGGCACACAUGAAAAUUCAUACCAAAGGGACAAAAUUGUCUGAUGGUUCACAAAGCACCAAUUGUGAGGAACAUUUUGAAAUUCAGGUUGAAGAAGAGAAAACAGACGAUGAUAAAGAGAGAAUGGAAAAUACAAGUAGUCCCAUUUGUAGUACAGUUAGUGAGGGGUGUUUUGACAAGUUAAGUGAACCAAAGCCAAAAACUGUUAAAAUUUCUAAAAAAUCGCAUAAUUGUGAUGUUUGUGAUAAAUUAUUUAAUUCAAAUGCUCAUCUUAUAGAACACCUUAGAGUUCAUACUGGUGAGAGACCGUUUAAAUGCAAUGUGUGCAAUAAUUCAUUUAAAAGAAAUAGUUAUCUGAGAGACCAUAUCAGAAUUCAUACUGGGGAGAUACCUUAUGAAUGUGAUGUUUGUAUUAAAUCAUAUAAAUGCAAAGAAAGUCUAUUAAAACACUUCAACAAUACACAUAGCGGAGAGAAGCCAUAUAAAUGCGAUGUUUGUCGAAAAUUAUUUAGUGUUCAUAAUAAUUUUAAGGAACACAUGAAAAUUCAUACCAAAGGGACAAAAUUGUCUGAUGAUUCACAAAGCACCGAAUCUGAUGAACAUUUUGAAAUUCAAGUUGAAGAAGAGAAAACAGACGAUGAUAAAGAGAGAAUGGAAAAUACAAGUAGUCCCAUUUGUAGUACUGUUAGUGAGGGGUGUUUUGACAAGUUAAGUGAACCAAAGCCAAAAACUAUUACAAUUUCUAAAAAAUCGCAUAAAUGUGAUGUUUGUGAUAAAUUAUUUAAUUCAAAUGCUCAUCUAAUAGAACACCUUAGAGUUCAUACUGGUGAGAGACCGUUUAAAUGCAAUUUUUGCAAUAAUUCAUUUAAAAGAAAUAGUUAUCUGAAAGACCAUAUCAGAAUUCAUACUGGUGAGAUACCUUAUGAAUGUGAUGUUUGUAGUAAAUCAUAUAAAUGCAAAGAAAGUCUAUUAAAACACUUCAAUACACAUAAUGGAGAGAAGCCAUAUAAAUGUGACGUUUGUCGAAAGUUAUUUAGUGUUCAUAAUAAUUUUAAGGAACACAUAAAAGUUCAUAUCAGAGGCACAAAAUUGUCUGAUGAUGCAAAAAGCACCGAAUUUGAGGAACAUGGUACAAUAAUUCACGUUGAGAAUGAACACACAGUGGAUGUAGAAGGGACAGUAGAAAAUAAAGGUAGUCCUAUUUGCAGUACAGUUAGGGAGGGGUGUUUUGGCAUGUUGAGUAAACCAAAGCCAAAAACCGUUAACCUUUCUAAAAAAUCGCAUCAAUGUGAUGUUUGUGAUAAAUUAUUUAAUUCAAAUGCUCAUCUGAUAGAACACCUUAGAGUUCAUACUGGGGAGAGACCGUUUAAAUGCAAUGUGUGCAAUAAUUCAUUUAAAAGAAAUAGUUGUCUGAAAGACCAUAUCAGAAUUCAUACUGGUGAGAUACCUUUUGAAUGUGAUGUUUGUAGUAAAGCAUAUAAAUGUAAAGACUCACUAUUAAAACACUUGACAAUACAUAGCGGAAAGAAGACAUAUAAAUGUGAUGUUUGUCGAAAAUUAUUUAGUGUGCAUAAUAAUCUUAAGGAACACAUGAAAAUUCAUAUCAGAGGCACAAAUUUGUCAAAUAAUUCACAAAGCACUGAUUUUGAAGAACAUUUUGAAAUUCAUGUUGAGAAUGAACAAACUGUUGAUGUAGAAGAGACAGUAGAAAAUACAAGUGGUCCCAUUUGCAGUACAGAUAGUGAGGGGUGUUUUGACAAGCUUAAAGAACCAAAACCAAAAAAUGUUAACAUUUCUAAAAAACCGCAUCAAUGUUAUGCUUGUGGUAAAUUAUUUAAUUCAAAUGCUCAUCUAAUAGAACACCUUAGAGUUCAUACUGGGGAGAGACCAUUUAAAUGCAAUGUUUGCAAUAAAUCAUUUAAAAGAAGUGGUUAUCUGAAAGACCAUAUCAGAAUUCAUACUGGGGAGAUACCUUAUGAAUGUGAUGUUUGUAUUAAAUCAUAUAAAUGCAAAGAAAGUCUAUUAAAACACUUCAAUACACAUAGCGGAGAGAAGCCAUAUAAAUGUGAUGUUUGUCGAAAAUUAUUUAGUCUGCAUAAUAAUUUCAGGGUACACAUGAAAAUUCAUAGCAAAGGGAAAUCAUUUUCUGAUGAUGGACAUAGCAAUGUUAAAAUUUCUAAGAAAUCGCAUAAAUGUGAUGUUUGUGAUAAAUUAUUUAAUUCAAAUGCUCAUCUGAAAGAGCACCUUAGAAUUCAUACUGGGGAGAGACCUUAUACAUGUGAUGUUUGUGGUAAAUCAUAUAGAAGAAGUGAUUCCCUGAAAGAGCAUCUGAGAGUUCACACAGGUGAAAGGCCUUAUAAAUGUGAUAUUUGUGACAAGUCAUUUACAUUAAAUAGAUUCCUUUUGAGACAUCGACUAAUACACAGCAUAGAGAAGCCAUAUAAAUGUGAUGUUUGUACUAAAACAUUUAUUGUAAAUAGUCAAUUAAAGGAACACAUGUAUAUUCAUACUGGAGAAAAAAAAUUUAAAUGUGAUGUUUGUGGUAAAGCAUUUUAUUGUCCAAGUCAUUUGAAGAGACAUUCGAGAAAUCAUACAGCAAAAAAGUCACAUAAAUGUGAUAUUUGUAGGAAAUUUUAUAUUAAGAGAAGUGAUCUGCAGAGGCACAUUAGAUCUCAUACUGGAGAAAAACCACAUACAUGUGACUAUUGUGGAAAAUGUUUUUCUAUGGGAGCUAGUUUAAAAGUCCAUACUAGAACACAUACCAGAGAAAAACCUUUUAAAUGUAAUGUUUGUAGUAAAUCAUAUGCUCAGGCAGAUACUCUACGUGACCAUAUGAGCACUCAUACUGGGCAGAAACCCUAUAAAUGUUAUGUUUGUGAUAAAUCAUUUACUUUCAAGGGUGGUUUAAGACGUCAUACUGUAAUGCAUCGGGGACAAAAACCUUUUAAUUGUGAGAUCUGUGAUCAAUCUUUUAAUUUGAGAACGAGUCUUGUGGUACACCUUAGAAGUCAUACUGGAGAAAAGCCAUUUACAUGUGAUGUUUGUGGUAAAUCUUUCCAUGCAAGCAGUAACUUAAAGACACAUUUUAAAAUACAUACUGGUGAGAAACCAUAUAAAUGUGAUGUUUGUAGUAAGUCAUUUAAAUCAAAUUAUAAUUUAAAGAAACAUUUAAUGAUACAUGCAGGAGACAGACCGUAUAAAUGUGAUAUUUGUAGUAAAUCGUAUUCCGUCAAUCAUACUCUAACACAACACUUAAAGACUCACGCUGAAGAGAAACCUUUCAAAUGUGAUGUUUGUGGAAAAUCAUUCCACUUUAACAGUACUUUGAAAAAACAUUUGAGAAUCCAUACUGGAGAAACACCUUAUAAAUGUGAUGUUUGUAAGAAAUCAUUUAUCCACCAUGGUACUUUAUCUCAACAUAUGAAAAUACACACAGGAAUAAAACCCUUUCAAUGUGAUGUUUGUGGUAAAGCAUUUAACAAACGUGCUAAACUUACGGCACACAUUAGAACACAUACUGGAGAAAAACCUUAUAAAUGUGAUAUUUGUGAUUUUUCAUGUAGUUUUAAUGGUAAUUUAACAAAACAUAAGAGAAAACAUACACAUGCUGGUGAUUAACAGUAGAAAGCAUACAUGUGCUUGUGAUAAACAAUAGAAAACAUACACAUGCUGGUGAUUAACAGUAGAAAGCAUACAUGUGCUUGUGAUAAACAAUAAAAAACAUACACAUGCCGGUGAUAAACAUAAACAUGCAAGUGAUAAACAAUAGAAAACAUAUAUACAUGCAGGUGAUGAACAAUACAAAACAUAAGGUGCUAGUGAUAAACAAUAGAAAGUGUACAUAAGCUGUGGAAAACAUGUUUGGGAUGAACCACAGAAAGUAUGUGCUGGUGACGACAAAUGUACAUAGAAAACAUAUGGUGAAAAUAAUUGAAUAAGUAUAUAAAUUUGUUGAAUAAAAGAUUUUUAAAAUUGAAAA